AUGAGGUACGUGAACAACCAGAGGGAAAGGUACCACUUCAAAUUCAAUGGGAUGCUCGGAGAGGAUGCGAAGCAGGAUCGGGUAUUUGAUGUGGUGGCCAAGGAUGUUGUAUUGGGAGCUCUCGAGGGCGUGAACGGUACUAUCUUCGCAUAUGGCCAGACAGGGUCUGGAAAGACGUUCACCAUCACCGGUGGGCCAGACAGAUAUUCUGAGAGGGGUCUCAUCCCGCGCUCAAUUUCGCUUAUUUUUGGCGAAGCUGAGAAACGCAGCGACCACACCUUCCUGAUCCACAUUUCGUACUCAGAAAUCUACAACGACGCCAUAUAUGACCUGCUGGAUCCUGACCGUGAGGUGGAGGAUUUGGAAGAUCUUCCCCGGGUGCGGGUGAGGGAGGACGAAGAAGGGAACGUGGUCAUGCAAAAUCUGAGGACAUGCAGAGCCAGCAACGAGGAGGACGCCUUAGCACUGUUGUUUCUUGGCGAUACAAACAGAACGAUCAGCGAAACUCCCAUGAACAUGGCCUCCAGCCGUUCUCACUGCAUAUUCAGCGUCAUCGUCGAGGCCAGGAAGAUUGGCGAAGACGUGGUGAGGAGGUCAAAAUUGAACCUGGUGGACCUGGCAGGAUCAGAAAGAGUGAAGAAAAUGGGAAUUGAUGGAAACACCCUGGUUGAGGCCAGGUACAUCAACCUUUCCCUGCACUUUCUGGAGCAAGUCAUUGUGGCCCUGCAGGAACGCAGCAUCGGUCACAGCAGGCCCCAUGUGCCCUACCGCAACUCCGCCAUGACGCUCGUGCUGAAAGACUCGCUUGGUGGAAACUGCAGAACAUCAAUGAUUGCAAACAUCACCUUCGAACAGAUGCACGUCGACGAGUCCAUUUCCACAUGCAAAUUCGCCCAGCGGGUGGCCAUGAUUGCCAACGAGGUGGUCGUCAACGAAGAGCUAGAUCCGCAGCUGGUGAUCAAGAGACUGAAGAAAGAAGUGCAUGACCUGAAAGAGGACCUCCGCAUGUUGAAGGGUGAAGAGGCGGAUCGCGGCCCUCUCACGGAAGAGGAGCGCGAACGCUUGGGCAAAGAUGUGGCUGAGUAUUGCGCAGAUACCUCGCCCGAGGCGACCCUUACCAUCACGGGCGGCAUGCUCUUUGUCAAUGCUGGUGGGGUCUUUGCUAAGUGCGACAAGGAUGUGCAAGAAUACAUCCAGAAACUCCGGCUUCAGAUUGAGCAACGAGACAAUGAAAUCAAUGUAUUGGUCGCCCUAUUGCAAAAGGAGAAGGGAAACAGAAUUGGGGAGGCCACGUUUUCGGACAACAGCAAGCAACCCCAGCCUGUCAACGAGCCGAAGCAGCCAAAGGCUGACAUGAACACAGCAGCCAACGGUGGUGCCAGCCAGUCGAACAAGGACCAUGCAGAUCUGACCAACGUGGAUGCUCUCGUCGAUCGAAACAAAUCGUUUGAGCUGUUUCGAAAGAGCUACAGGAGAAAUCAAGCAAUUGAAGACAACAAAACGACCCUGAGGGACAAGUACGAAGCUGCGAAGGCAAAAGGAAAACAACUGAAUGAAGCAAAGGAGAAGAUCAACCAGUUGAAGGCGAUGAUUGAACAGAUCCGCAUUAAGAGAUCUGUGGCCCGCAUCGUCGAUCGUUCGAUGGAGGAUGAGCCAAUCGAGACAGAUCCAGAGGAGAUAAAGGCCAAGGCUGCUCUGGAAAAGGAGAAAUCCAAGUACAAAGAGGCCUUCUAUGCGCUGCGCGAGCUCAAGAAGGAGAUCGAGCACUUGCAAAUGCUGCUUGAGCAAAGUAGAGUCAGGCUACAGAAAGACUUCGAGCUUUGGUUGCGGUUGACGGCAAGGCAGCAGCAGGAGAGCCGUGUGCUCCAUCCCCAUGAUGACAACUCGGCAGCAGAUGCUGAGCCCAGCACAGCCCUGAGCGUCGAUUGCAGUCAACAAACUAACACCAAUGCACAACGCAAAGUUGCGUGGGCAGAAAAUGAGCGCCCAGGCGCAACACAGGACAGCCAAAAAAACGCUUUGGGCAUCUCAAAUGCCUAUCUUCAGCAUCUAGGCCUCUCAGAUGUCGACUUAAAGGCAGUAGAGGCUGCAAGGCCAUUCCUGACAGGAAAUUCUGAAGCGGACAGGGAUAUCAUAAAGUUCUACGAAGCAAGGGCCAAGCUCCUGAAGGCUUAUCCUCAAUAG